AUGCAAGUCGAAGUCUACAACACCAUCAACACUAUUACAAAGAAGGCUCCAAAACUUUACAAAGACUUAAGAAACUAUCAGGUCUAUCAACAAGCAGUUCUUAUCGCACUCUUAAACCAACACGCAGACAUCAUUAUCACUCCUCAGAAGAAAAAGUCCAACGUUACACUCCCCUUCUUCACUAUUAAAUCCGUUGUCUUCUCCCCCACUGAUCGAGUCGAUUUGACUUACAUUGUCGAGAAGAGAUGUAAACAACAAAUGGAAAUGGACGUGGCUCGUGGAAUUAGUUCUAAGACUGCUAUGAGAAGGUAUAAAACAAAUCGAGUGGCUGAGAACUUACAUAUGGUCCUCGACUUACUCUUCGAGUUCGACAAUCUCUUUGUCAUUAAGACUACUAAUGGCAAAAACGGAGCUAACCGCCUCGACACAGUCACAGCAGCUUUGUUACCAAAUAACGAGUGGAUCUCGUAUGACGAUAUUACUGAGAUAGGAAGCCAAUUGAACUCUUUCAUUGCAAAUAUGCUCACCCAAAAUGAGUCAAUUACACUCGGUAAAGGCUCUGAUAUUAUUGCAAAAUUCCUUCGUAUCUAG